CAUAAGAUAUACGUAAAGUAUACGUAAAAUAUGAUUUACUUCGUAGAGGAAUAAAGCUGGACUUAAAACCCACAAUAAUCGGUUAAUAUGUGGCAUAUGAGCAUUAUCGUACUACAAGCCAUAUUUGGAAUAAGUACACGGACGAUAUAUUUACUAUAUCAAAUGGGAAUCCCUACACUUCUAAUGAUAUUGUUUACUCUCCAAUGUCCAACAUAUGGAUUAGUUUCAUACGAUUAUUUGGAUAACAACGAUAUUAGUGGCUUAAAUAGUGUUGAACAAACGGCGCGUUUUCCUUUGUUGAUGCCGAAAGUUGUCCCAAAUAAGCCUGAACUUUAUCUAUGUACGCCAGUAAAAGUCGACUAUACUACCAGCUAUUUUAUAGUUGGCUAUGAACCAAAUGCAACAAUGAAUACGGCACAUCAUAUGCUAGUGUAUGGUUGCGGUGAACCUGGUGCUACCAAACCAGUUUGGAAUUGUGGAGAGAUGUCUAAAGAAUAUUCUGCUGAUUCUGCCAGCCCAUGCGGUGUUCAUUCACAUUCUCAGAUCUUAUAUGCAUGGGCGCGAGAUGCGCCUAAAUUGGAUUUACCCAAUGGUGUUGGAUUUAAGGUUGGUCUAAAUACCCCUAUCAAAUAUAUUGUUCUUCAGGUUCACUACGCUCACAUUGAUAAAUUUAAAGAUGGCAGCACUGACGAUUCUGGCGUAUUCAUUGAUUACACAUUAAAACCUUUGAAAAAGCUGGCCGGAGUACUGCUUCUGGGGACAGCAGGUCUUAUUCCACCAAAUUCAAUUGAACACAUGGAGACAGCUUGUGAAAUAAAUGAAAAUAAAACAAUACACCCAAUAGCUUAUCGUACUCACACACAUAGCCUUGGGAAAGUAGUAUCUGGAUAUAGAGUCCGGACUGACGAACAUGGUAGCCAUCACUGGACACUCUUAGGCAAAAGAGAUCCCUUAACACCACAAAUGUUUUACCCAGUUGAAAACAGCGAUCCUAUAUUAGUCGGUGAUUAUCUUGCUGCAAGGUGUACAAUGAUUAGCCAUCGGAAGAGAAUUACAGAAAUUGGAGCUACAAAUGAGGAUGAAAUGUGUAAUUUUUAUUUGAUGUAUUACGUUGAAAACGAUGAACCUCUUAAUAUGAAAUAUUGCUUCAGUCAAGGACCGCCUAACUAUUAUUGGAACAAUCCAGAUGUUGGGCUUAAUAACAUUCCGAAUACCGAAGCCAGUACAUUGUGAAUCUAUCACAAAAUGUAAUACUAAUUCCAUUUUUUAAAUGUAAAUAUUUAAUAAUUGUUGAACGUCAUUGUAUAUAAAAUAAAGUGCA